AUGGGCAGUGACCCGCGGAUUCUGGCAGGAGGCCAGCGCGGAACGGGUGUAAGGCGUCGCGACGGUGUGGACGGGGUAGAUUCUUCCGAUUCGGCAAGCGAGGCUGACGGCGCGGAAGAAGCAGACGGCGCGGAAGAAGCAGACGGCGCGGAAGAAGCAGACUGCGCGGAAGAAGCAGACGGCGCGGAAGAAGCAGACGGCGCGGAAGAAGCGGACAGCGCGGAAGGAGCAGAUGGCGCGGAAGAAGCAAACGGCGCGGAAGAAGCAGACGGCGCGGAAGAAGCAGACGGCGCGGAAGAAGCGGAUGGCGCGGAAGGAGCAGACGGCGCGGAAGAAGCGGAUGGCGCGGAAGAAGCAGACGGCGCGGAAGAAGCGGAUGGCGCGGAAGAAGCAGACGGCGCCAUCCCGAUGGCGCGGGAUGGUGAGAGGGAGGAAGUGGCGGAAGAAGGGCGCGACGGAGAGAGCAAGGAUGCGGGAGGAAAUUGCUCGCCGGUAAGGAUGCGCGGAGGCGGCGCGAAGCGUCACGGGAACAUGACGACAGGGCGUUCGCCGGAAGACAUGCGCAGGGGAAGCGUGAGGCGCUGCGGGAGCACGGAUGCAAACGGAUUGGCAGACGAAGGGCGUGAAGAGGGCGCGAGGCACCGCGGGGGCGCAAAUGCAGACGGGUUGGCAGACGAAGGGCGCGGGGGCGCGGAUGCAGAUGGUACGGUGGACGAAAUAGGUGGAAACAGCGUGAGGCACUGCGGAGGCAAGGAUGCAGGUCGCUCGGCAGACGAAAUGCGAGGUGGCAGCGCAAGGCGCCGCGGGAGAGCGGAUGCAGACAGCUCGCCAGAACGGAUGCGCGGGAGUGGCGGGAGGCGCCAAGGGAACAUGGCGGCAGAUCGUUCGCCAGAGGAGGUGCGCGAGGGAGAUGCGAGGCGCCGCGGAACCGCAGCGGCAGGUCGCUCGCCGGACGAUCUUCGGGAGGACAGCAGGAAAAACCAUGCGCCAACGGGACGGUACAGCUCGCCUGAGCUGCGAGGACGUGGGAGGAGACGCGUGGCGAUGGCCGCGCGGCGAUCGCCAGAGGUGCGGAGGGAGCAGUAUGAGCGAGGGAGAGUGGCAGGUCAACGGGGGCCUGCUGUUUGGGGGAGAGAGAGAGAGAGAGAGAGAGAGUUGAGGAGCAACGUGGGCGACGGGAGAGUAAGCCAGAGGAAGAACGGGGCAGACGAGCAGGUCCGGACGGGGAGCGAGGGGAUUGUGAGGAAAGAGAUGGGUGGUGCUCACCAGAGAGAGGAGGGGGGCGUGAGGAGGGACGCAUCAGGGAGGGUGCACGACGAUCGCUGGGCGCAACAAGGGCAGAAGAAAGGGGGAGAGGGAACCGACGACGGCGGGAAGAUGUGGAGCGAGAAAGGCGGUAUCAGGAGCACUCGCAUGAUGGGAAGGAAAGGCGGUGCGACGGAGCAGAGAAGUGGAGAGUGGCUUACGAGAGAGAGCGAGGAAGGAGUCCGAGUACAAGGGGCCCGAGGGGGCGAUGGCAAUCAGGAGGAGGAGGAUCUGAAGGAGCCAGAGCGGCCAGAGAGGGGACAGAACGGGCGCUUAACACCAGCAGCAGCGGGAGCAGAGGAGCAGGACGAGCAGGCGGGGGCAGGAGCGUGCGUACCAGCAGCAGCGGGAGCGGAGGAGUGGGAUGAGCAGGUGGGGUCAGAAGCGUACGUACCAGCAGCAGCGGGAGCGGAGGAGCGGGAUGAGCAGGUGGGGGCAGAAGCGUGCGUACCAGCAGCAGCAGGAGCGAAGGAGCGGGAUGAGCAGGUGGGGGCAGAAGAGUGCGUCCCAGCAGCAGCAGGAGCGAAGGAGCGGGAUGAGCAGGUGGGGGCAGAAGCGUGCGUGCCAGCAGCAGCGGGAGCGGAGGAGCGGGACGAGCAGGUGGGGGCAGAAGCGUGUGCAUUAGCAGCGGCGGAAGCGGGAGGGAAGAACGAGAAGGUGGGGGCAUGGUCGGGUGUAACAGUGGCAGCAGAAGCGGAAGGGAGGGAAGGGAAGGUGGGGGCACAGGCGGGCAUGACAGCAGUAGCGGAAGCGGAAAGCAAGGCAGUGAAGGUGGGGGCACAGGCGUGCAUGACAUCAGUAGCGGAAGUGGAAAGCGGGGCAGUGAAGGUGGGGGCACAGGCGGGCAUGACAGCAGUAGAGGAAGCGGAAAGCGGGGUAGUGAAGGUGGGGGCACAGGCGGGCAUGACAGCAGUAGCAGAAGCGGAAAGCGGGGCAGUGAAGGUGGGGGCACAGGCGUGCAUGACAGCAGUAGCGGAAGCGGAAAGCGGGGCAGUGAAGGUGGGGGCACAGGCGUGCAAACCAGAAGCAGCAGAAGCGGCAGGGAGGGAAGAGAAGGAGAGAGCACAGGCGUGCGCAGCAGCAGCGGAAACGGAAGAGGAAAGGAAAGAAGAGAAGCUGGGGGGCACAGGCCAGCAGCAGAAGAGGAAGGGAAGGAGAGAAGUUGGGGCACAGGCGUGUGCAGCGGCAGCAGCAGAAGAGGAAAGGAAGGAAGAGACGUUGGGGACACAGACGUGUGCAGCAGCAGCAGCAGAAAAGGAAGGGAAAGAAGAGAAUUUGGAGACACAGGCGUGUGGAGCAGCAGCAGAAGAAGAGGAAGGGAAGGAAGAGAAAGUAGGGGCACCUGAGUGUGUAGCAGCAGCAGCGGAGGCGGGAGUGGAGGAUGAGGAGGGAGGAUGGGCAGGGUGGACUGCAAAGGAAGGAUCUAAGUGGACGGUGGGGGGGGGGCCAAUGAGCGGGCAGGGGAGGGAGGUCACACUCGUGACACAGACAAGGGAAGAAGGGAGGGAGGAUGAGUGCCGGGAGGAGAGGGCAGGCCAUGGGAGGAAACAGAGGAGGGGGCAGUGGUACGAGUGA